AUGAAUUCAAGCGCAUCUGAAGAGGAUGACAAUUGUCUCUCCUGUAGAAUCUGCCGAUUCCAGGGAGGCCUCGAUCUUCCCACCCCUACUAUCACCAACCUUGACGAUCUGCGCACUCAGUCACAUGCCUUCUCGAUCAGCAUCUUCAGACACUGGGUCCUCCUCAACAAGAUACUCAAGCGUUUUGAGGGUCAAAUCCAGAAGCGAUGGAUCAAGCGCAACAACAACCAGAGGCUCUCGGUUCUCCUUCAGGCCUGGCCACACAUGGCAGCCACUCAUCGCCCAGAAUUUGCAACUUUGCGUAAGAUUAGCGUGAACAACAACAAGCGACGCCCCAAUCAAGCCAAGGAAAAGGAGGCUUAUCUUUGGCCAUACAUCAACCAGGAGGAUCUGGUCCAGUCGCACAACCUCCUCAUCUUUCUCAACUCUCGCGGACGUCACCUUCCUGACAAGUUUGUCUUCGGCGAUCAACAUCAAGCAAGUGUCGGCAAGCCAUGCGGCACCAGCGAAGUCGACAAGUACAAGAUGUCGCUCCACGGACAAAGAUCGCCCAAGACUUAUGGUUCGCUGGUCCUUCGCGACACAGGAGACAGGGUUCAGCAAGAACUGAGGAUGGAACCCGCUGCCGGUCUCCAGGCCCUUGAGGUACAGGAGCGCAUCCUUGACUUUCUCGUCAAAUGCUGUCGCCUAAUCCUGCAUGAUAUGGACCUCGACCAACUGGACGUCAUUGAGACCAAGCCUUCUCCGCCUCAGAUCAACCCUACCUUGCCCGUCCACACUGUCACUGCCAUGGCUCAGCUUGCACCAUACCGCCUGCCACAGAAACUUGACAUGAAACGACUCAGAGUACUUAUUUCGGCAAGACGCGAGGAGGCCGAGGAGCACGUUUGGGCUUUGCGUGAGGACCCAGGCUACUUUGCGCAUACUAUGAGAGAAUGGUCAGAGCACUCACCUUUCAUGAUUCCUGACAAGUUCAAGAGACCACACAGCAUGGUCGGUGAGCCUGUAUUCUGGGACAAGGUGGCAACAAACAUGAUCUUUCACGCUUACAGCAGCCUGAUUCUAUUCGCUACUGCCGACGAGGCUGUUACUCUCGCCCAGGAAAGGCUCGACAGCUGUCGCCACAGGCUUGAGCUAUCUUCUAGUCUACCACCCGAGGUUGAGAAGAUCUUCCAGAGGCUAGAUCACAUCGUUCAGAUCGUGGCCGAUGAGCCUCUAGGUGAGCUGAUGCUCGGGUUCCCUGCGUCGCCACCCAUGCGUUAUGGUUAUGAGAGAGCAGCUGCCGAUUCUAGCCCCUCAUUCAACACUUUGAAGGUCAAGAUGGGUAGACUGAGUGCAGCAUGGAGGGUUCAAGUCCUGUUCAGAACCUUGCUGAGCCCUGAACAGCAAAAGAAGCAUGGCUUGAACAACACGGUCGAAGAAAUUCAGAGAAUGCUGGACGAGCACAGCAAGGACAGUGAUCUCAUCUCCAGUUGGGUGGCCAGCAGGUUCUCGGACCUGGCACUCAUGUCGGAGGUCAGACGACAGCUUGGCCUUUUCCAGCCAUGGUGUACCGCUUGGCGAAGCAAGUGUUUCAUCGAAGACGAUGCUCCCUACUUCUUCAGCAUGGUCGAAUGUGUACAUGACUUCACUUCAUGUGCGGUGCUUGAUGCAGCUGAUCCUGCGUUCUUUGCAUAUCCUUCUGACAAACGCAAGACGCGCGAGACUGUUAUUCAGAUGCGACUCGCCGAGAAGCGCUUGGACAAGUUCUGGGCUACGGUGGACAAUCACUGCGAGACGCACACGUCCUACUCGGUGCUCCACCUCCUCAUGGACUUCUUCACCGACUGGAACAGAAAGAUUCACAGAACCAAGCCUUGGAAGGAGCCGAAGGAGAAUGGCUACAGACCCAGCCAGCAACUAGAGGAUGACAAGGAUGGGGAAAUUGAGCUGCUGGGAGGCAUUACUCCACAGAAAGCCAAAGCCAAGACUAGACCUAAUGGUCCUACACCAUCUCCGGAACAGGAGGUACGCAGAGAUUCGGCUACAAGCACGGAAGAAAAGGAGGAUAUCGAGGUGAAGAAGAUUAAGGUCAACAAACGUGCUUUCAAGGUCUUUGCUACGAUGUUCCACGUACCUUCUGCCAGUGAGCAGCAGAACACUGGGGAGGUUGCCUGGUCUGAAUUCUUGUACUCAAUGAAGAUGAUUGGAUUCUCUGUCGAGAAGCUGUAUGGAUCCAGUUGGCAAUUUACGCCCGAUACGAUCGAUCUGCAGAGAAGCAUCCAGUUCCAUGAACCACACCCUCGCGCGAAGAUGUGGUUCUGGCUUUCGAAGGAGUAUGGUCGCAGAUUGAACAGGUAUGUGAUGGUAUCAAAUCCUGCUGAAAGUAUACUAAUGAGGAUGAUANGAGCCUAUGGUUGGACCGGCGAGACGUUUGACUUGCAGUGA